CUAGUGGUUUGAAGCACACAAAGAGGGUAACAGCUUUGAGUGUUUGGCUGAAGUCAACUCUCUCUAGGCCUAACAACAAAAACAGCUAAGAAAUGAAUGUGAACCACUUUUGAAUUAUCUUGAGCUGAAUACUGACCAUCGGACUGAAAACACUAGACCAUUAUUUAAUACCCUAAAAGGCAACAUAAUGAAGAUGGAACCGGAUUAAAGAAAGUCAAGUCAGCAUUGAGGCCUGAGGAAGAGCAUUUUCUACUUGAAAGGCAAUUUAUCUUUAGCUGAACAUGACAGACUAUGAAGUGUCUGUUCAGCAACUCAAUGAUCUGUUGACAGAUGAAAAUGGAGACUUCUGUAUGCCCUCCAAACAUUUCAAUGAAGUUUACCCCGGGAUACUCCUAGGAAAUGAGUAAGUCCUCCCAUAGCCUCCAGAUAUGUUUGAUUCUGCUGGUGUUGCAAGUUUGAUCCUCAAUGCUGCAGAAGGCCAAUCGGACAUGCAUGUGAAUACGGAUGCAGAGUUCUAUGCGGAUACACAGAUCAUCUAUCAUGGGAUACCAGCCUUUGACACUGACCAUUUUGACCUCAGCGUAUAUUUUGAAGAGGCUUCUAAUUUCAUUGGAAGAGCUUUGGCAAUGAAAGGUCUGAAGGGUCUUGGUAAAGUGUAUGUACACUGUCAGAAAGGCUACAGUCGCUCGGCUGCGCUAGUUAUCGCACACCUGAUGCUGCAGCACAGGAUGGAUGUACGAGCCGCUGUGGCCACAGUGAGAGAGAAACGGGAGAUCGGGCCCAAUGAUGGAUUCCUGCGCCAGCUCUGCCAGCUAAAUGACAGGCUGGAAGGAGAAGGAAUGCUGUGUGUUGAUAAUAGCCUACCUAAAUAUAAAAAUAUAAAAUGAUUAGUAGCUAAAUAAAUGUUUGACAUUUUCAGUUAAUGUGUUUUUAUCAUCUAAAUUGUAGCAGCUGGCAAGUCAAUGCUUGUCUUUAGUAGGCCUAUCUUCUGCCCUCUAGUGGUACUGGUGAUCGUAGUAUAUGCAGUACAAAGUGUCAAGCAUAUAUGCCCUUCUCUAGCUCUCUCUAUAUAAAUAUAGUUGCUCUAACACAUAUAUAUAUAUAUUCCUGGUAUGUAUUUGCUAUAAAAUCUAACCAGUCUUUCUUGGUACAGCAAUUUAUUUUGUGCGGUGAUAUCAAGUCCUUUAUGAGUAGCCAAUGAUAACACAUAAUCAAACACAAGAGGUCUUCACAACAGACAACAAUCAUUUAUUAAACAUUUUUUUUAAAGUGAAAAGUAGCACACAUACCUGAGUUACUUUUACACCCCUCCCACAUGUUUUGCUUUUUUAUGAUUGGUAUUGAACACAUACAUAUAUUUUGAUUGUAUACCUGCAAACAGGACAUUUUUUAUUAAUCAUUUCUGCUUGGUUCCUGUAUGUGAAAAUAUGAUCUGAAUUGUUAAAUUAGUUACUACAUGCAAAUAAUUUGCUCAAAGCAAAUAUCUUGAAUAUAUAUAUACAUAUUGACCAAGCCGCAGUCCAAUGAUGGUCAAGCGGUUUGGGAAUCAGUUAAAAUUGUUGAAUUUUUCUUCAAAUAAAGUUGAAAUAUAAAAAAGAACAAAAAA